UCUACCAUAACGCCUGUUUCCGACUUUUGCAACAGCUUUUCUAGUUUAUGGGCGGGGGGAAUUGCACAAAUAUGUGCUGCCUCAGGGUGGCAUCCUUGCGAAGACGUUUGCCAACCGCAUCGACCUGGAAGAUCCGCAACUCCGCGCGUGCAGGGCUCCGUCGUUUCGGAGACUGUGGCAUUUAUCUCGCGGCACGUACCCGAUUGGAGGAGAGCAGAGAAGACAAACGGCUCACACGAAACUGAAAGGUGUGUGUCAGGGUGCGAGAACAUGCGAAGGACGUGAAGUGAGAGAACACAAGCGGAGCGAGCUUCAGAGGAGCUUUCACGAUGGAUUUAAUCGAGGUGUCCGCCUUGAACCCACUGGACGAGUACGAACUCAUCAGCAGGGCGGGGAGCGGCACGUACGGGGACGUCUUUAAGGCUCGAAACAUAAAGACAUCGGAACUUUCAGCUAUAAAAAUUGUCAAAUUAGAUCCUGGUGAUGACAUCUCUUCAAUUCAGCAAGAAAUAACAGUGAUGCGAGAAUGCAAGCACAAAAAUAUCGUGGCUUACUUUGGCAGCUAUCUCAGAAACAAUAAAUUGUGGAUAUGUAUGGAGUUCUGUGCUGGAGGUUCACUACAAGAUAUUUACCAUGUAACUGGACCUUUAAAGGAGAAGCAAAUAGCAUAUGUCUGCAGGGAAACUUUACAGGGCUUAUAUUAUUUACACAGCAAUGGAAAAAUGCACCGUGAUAUAAAGGGAGCAAACAUUCUGCUGACAGACAGAGGUGAUGUUAAAUUAGCUGAUUUUGGUGUUGCAGCAGAAAUUAAUGCAUCUGUAGCCAAGAGGAAGUCCUUUAUAGGAACGCCAUACUGGAUGGCACCUGAGGUGGCUGCUGUAGACAAGAAAGGUGGUUAUGAUCAGCUGUGUGACAUUUGGGCUGUUGGUAUCACUGCCAUUGAGUUGGCUGAAUUGCAGCCUCCCAUGUUUGAUCUACAUCCAAUGAGAGCACUGAUGUUGAUGUCCAAAAGUAAUUUCCAGCCUCCAAAGUUAAAAGAAAAGGCAAAAUGGUCUUCUGAUUUUCAUACUUUUUUAAAAGUUGCACUUAACAAAAACCCAAGGAAACGUCCAACAGCAGAAAAACUUUUACAGCACUGUUUUUUGACUCAGCUACUAAGUCGUACUCAAGUAAUUGAACUUUUGGACACUGUGAAUAACCCUGACAUGACAUUUGGACACUCAAUAGAUGACAGUGAUCUAGAGACAUGUGAUGCUUUCCCUGAUAAAAUUCACUCCAUAGGAAAACAUCCCAAUGUGGAGAGAACACACUCAGAACUGCAGUUUAAUCAAGUAAAAUUUUGCCCUCCUCUACGGAAAGAAACAGAGCCUUAUCCCGAUCAGGUGUCAGAUGACGAGUGGAAUUUUGAUAGGGAGGAACACAGUAGUCCGGGUCUUUUGGAAUCCGUGGAACAGGCACUACAGGAAAGGAGUCUUACAAUCAAGAAAAGCUCGACUACUGAGUGGAACUCUUUUGAUGAUGACAAAUGCAAUACCAUCAAGCAUGCAGGAAGAAAUUCACCUUCACAAGCAUCUGGUUUUGGUCUUCAGUCUUCUGCUACAUGUGACCAGGGCUAUAGUAGCAAAGGUCAUCUCCUUAAUGUAAAUGCGAGCUAUCCAUCUGGGCAAAAUACUGAUACAUCUAAAAAAUAUGCUGGAGAUCCUCACAUUUCCCCAGAAUGGGCAACUCUGCAUCGAAACACUGAUUCGAGGGCUGCAUCCCAUGGACUUCCUCCAACACCAAAGGUCCAUAUGGGUGCCUGUUUCUCUAAAAUUUUUAAUGGAUGCCCCCUGAAAGUGAAUUGUGCAAGUACAUGGAUCUUUCCCAAGACCAAAGACCAGUACUUAAUUUUGGGUGCUGAAGAAGGAAUCUACACUUUGAAUCUGAAUGAGCUUCAUGAAGAUACUAUAGAAAAGUUAGUUCCACAAAGAUGUACAUGGCUUUUUGUAAUGAACAACAUAUUAAUGUCUGUCUCAGGAAAGUCUCCUCAUCUCUACUCUCACAAUUUGGUGGCACUGUUUGAUCAGAAAAGACAACUUCAGAAGAGACAAGGACACCUGUCCAUCAGCUCAAAUCGUCUGACUGAGAUCAUUAAUAGGAAGUAUGCUUCUACAAAAGUUACAGAUACCAAGGGAUGUCAGAGAUGCAGUGUAGUACGAAAUCCCUACAUGGACAGUACUUUCCUUUGUUGUGCAUUACAUUCCAGUUUGGUGCUGCUACUUUGGUAUGAGCCUCUGCAGAAGUUCAUGCUACUGAAGAAUAUUGAAGUUCAUCUUCCUGAGCCUCUUUCAGUUUUUGAGCUUCUUGUUCGGGAGAAUGAUGACUUACCUCUGGUGUGUGUAGGCGUCAGAAAGAGUAAACGAACCAAUCAGGAUCUGGAGUUUGACAUAAUUCACCUUAAUGGAUAUUCAACUCCUGAAACAGAUAGCCCUCCAGUCAAAGCUAUUCAGGUGACACAGCUAGACAGAGACACGGUGCUAAUUGCUCUCGAAAAAACUGUGAAAGUAGUUGAUCUUCAAGGGGUGCCAGUUCCAACACUUAUUUCAGAGCUUUCCUUUGAGUUUACCAUUGAGACACUAGUUUGUCUGCAGGAUAGUGUUCUUGCAUUUUGGAGACAUGGUCUUGCUGGGAGGAGCCUUGAGGGCAAUGAGGUAACACAAGAGAUCACUGAUGAGAGUAGAGUUUUUAGAGUACUUGGAACAAGCAGGGAUAUUAUUUUGGAAAGCACACCAACUGAGGAUCCUUCUGCUCUGAGUAACCUCUAUAUUUUGACAGGUCAUGAAAGUAGCCUUUGAGAUGUAAAGACCAACUAUACAAUAAGAAUAAAUGGUGAUGUGUGUAGAGAGCCAAAACGUCGGACUACAGAAAAGCACAAAAUGUUAGAGAACUGAAAUUUGCCUUUAGAUUAAGGCUGGUAUCAAUUAAUUAAUGGCACUGUUGGUAAGUGCCCUGAGAAAUGAUGGAUUUAAUACUUUACCUCAGGAACAAGAUGUCUUCCAUAGUUCUGUGUACUGGAAAAUUGAAGAGUCUUUUUCGUAAUGUCCUAGGAUGACGCUGUCUGACUAACAUCUUUUGAAAAUCAGCUAAAUUAAAUUGGUAUUUUACAUAUUGUUGCUUUUAAAAACAAAACUUUUGUGGAGUUAAAAGUGUUGCACUUUUUUAAAUUCACAUUUAUUAUUCACAUACUUCCAGCAUUUUGACAAGAUUCUUCAGUAAUAAAAAUAAACCUUACGAACCAU